GCAGGACCAUAAAAGGGGCCCUCCGGAAGCCUCCUCACUCACCUCCUCUUUCAGCUGAUAUCCAGAGUGGUGCCAGCUUCCUUGGCCCUGAAGUCAUGGCCCUAGGUCUCCUGUGCCUGAGCCUUGUCCUGCUGGGGGCCCUGCAGACCCAGGCCCAGGACUCCACCCCAAACCUGAUCCCAGCCCCGCCUCUGCUCAAGGUCCCUCUGCAGCCUGACUUCCAGGAUGAGCUGUUCCAGGGGAAAUGGUAUGUCGUAGGACUGGCAGGGAACGCAUUUAAUAAAGAAGAAAACAGCCAGUUCAAGAUGUAUGCCACCACCUACGAGCUGAAUGAAGACAGCAGCUACAAUGUCACCUCCACCCUGCUCCGGAACCAGCUCUGUGACCACUGGAUCAGAACUUUCCUCCCAAGUUUCCAGCCAGGCCAAUUCAACCUGGGCAACAUUGAGCGUUACCCUGGAAUCCAGAGCUACACUGUACGAGUGGUGGCCACAGACUACAACCAGGUUGCCACGGUGUUCUUCAAGAAAGUUUACAAAAACCGGGAGUUCUUCAAGAUCACCCUCUAUGGGAGGACCAAGGAGCUGACCCAGGAGCUGAAGGAAAACUUCAUCAGCUUCGCCAAAUCCCUGGGCCUCACUGAUGACCACAUCAUCUUCCCAAUCCCCAUCGAUCAGUGCAUCGAUGAGUGAGCAAGUGUGCGGUGCCCUCUGGCUCUCUCCACACCAUCCACCUCUCAUCGACUUCUGCCCAGGGCACUGCCCUGCUGUACCUACAAGCCCGGACACCACUGAGAGAGCCAGGGGACCCUUCUCAUUACACAACCCACUAGCUGCUUCCAGACUGCCCUGCUGAUGGAACCACUCUUGCUUGCUAAAUAAACACAUGUCCUCUGGUCCCCA